CCCGUGACAAUGCGAAAACUGUCGUCAUGGUGCUUCCAUGACGUCGAGAAAAACGGAGUAGAUGUGAGACAACCGUUGGUCCUGUUCGCAAUCCAGGAUCCAGUCUCCUUUUUUAUUUUCUCUCCUGUAAACCUGCGACAUACUAUGUCCAGCUCCGAUAUCUCUCUCGUCGCGGUUUGGCCUGACCAGCGCCAGUUCGUCAUCGUGGAUCGCAUGGCAUAUCAUGAGCUACCUAACCGCACAGUAAUGUGGCUUCGCUUCGUUGGCACCUGGAUUCUCGGUAGUAUCUUCAGUCCGUCCAGUUUCAGGUUAUUCAACACGCUGCAUGCGAAUGACCCUUGUGCAGAGGUUGAGAGCAAUGGAUCAGCCGCCAUCAUCCCUUGCAUUCCAGGAGAGGAUCGUUUCUUUUAUCUACAUGUCGAGGCUUGGGUUCCAUAUCCAAAAUUUGCGGAUGAUACCGGUGAUGAUGCUCUCGUGGCAGAUUCCGAGUCUGACUCCAGCUCUGAUGAAGCUGAAGAAGCGGACGUCCCACACACUCCCAAAUUGCCGAGUUUCCAAUGGCUGUCAGGAGGGUUACUAGAGGGUGAUGAUUUAGAUGAACUCGAGAACAGCGCGGUUGCGACAAUAAGUCUAGAGAGCCAAUUGCGGAAAUUUCCUGGAGCGUAG